AUGGCUGUCGCAGUUCAGUCAGCCCCUAUCGGCCUUGAGGCCAUGUCCGACAACAUCGACGCGGUCAACAUUCAUAAGACAGACCUGAAAAUCGAGAAAGGUCUCUAUGAUGAAUCGGAAUUUGACAAGUCCAAAGACAAGGGAGGCUUCCGCCAGUUUGAAGACGCUUGUGACCAAGUCAAGAAUUUCUACGCACAGCAGCACACCCUUCAGACUGUUGCGUACAAUCUGAAAGCACGUAACGAUUUCAAGAACAAAACACGUGCCCACAUGACAGUUUGGGAAGCAAUGGAAAAGCUGAACACCUUCAUCGAUGAAUGUGACCCAGACACCUCUGAGUCUCAAAUGACCCACCUUUUGCAAUCCGCCGAAGCCAUCCGCAGCGAGGGCAAGCCUCGUUGGAUGCAGCUUGUCGGACUCAUUCACGAUCUCGGAAAACUUCUGUUUUUCUUCGGAGCGAAGGGCCAGUGGGAUGUCGUUGGCGACACCUUUGCAGUCGGUUGUGAAUUUGACGACAGAAUCAUCUUCGGCAACAAGUCGUUCAAGGACAACGAAGACUACAAUAACGAGAUCUAUAGUUCCAAGUUCGGAAUUUACUCUCCUGGUUGUGGACUGGAGAAUGUGAUGCUGUGCUGGGGCCAUGAUGAAUAUCUCUAUCACAUCGUGAAAGAUCAGUCUACCAUUCCCGAAGAGGGACUGGCCAUGAUCCGGUACCACUCGUUCUACCCGUGGCAUCGGGAGGGCGCCUACCAUGAACUCAUGAACGAGCAUGAUCACAAGAUGCUGGAGGCUGUGAAAGCGUUCAAUCCUUAUGACUUGUACAGCAAGAGCGACGAGCUCCCUGACCCCGAGAAGCUGAAGCCGUACUACUUGGAGCUGAUCGAUGAGUUCUUCCCGACAAAGGUCAUCAGGUGGUAG